GCCUUUGCGGCUUCACGCUGCUUUCCUCUGGUACUGUUUGGCAUGCUAAAUGUGGUCAGCGGGCGAGUUUCUUCCCCUCGGCACUGAGGAGCGCUGCUUUAUUUCAACGCCGACUCCUUCCUGCCCGGUCAGCGGCUGACCAGCUCAGAGGAAGAGGAGGAGGAGGAGGAUGAUGCAGCGCCUCCUGACUCUGGGGAACCUGCGGCGGGCGGCGGCGGCUCGCCCGCUGCUGCUGGCCGCCGCCGUCCCCGAGCCGCCGCCGGCUUUCUGCUGCUGCGUCCUCCGCCUGCCGCCCGCGGGCCGAGCGGGACGCCACCUCGCCACGUCCCCCGCCGGCAGAGCGGCGGAGCAGCACCGGCAGCAGCCGCCGCAACGGGACGAGGAAGAGGCCGGUUCGACGCCGCAGAGGCAGGCCGCCGGCCAGCCCGUGGAGGUGGACCCCCUGCAGGACAAGUCCAUCGGCCUGGUCCAGAGGUUCAAGAAGACCUUCAAACAGUACGGGAAGGUGCUGAUCCCCGUGCACCUGCUGACCUCCACCGUCUGGUUCGGGACUUUCUAUUACGCUGCUAUGAACGGAGUGAAUGUGGUGCCGUUCCUGGAGAUGAUCGGCCUGCCGGAGUCCAUCGUGGGACUGUUGAGGGACUCGUCUAGCGGCUACGCUCUGACUGCAUACGCCAUGUACAAGAUAGCGACGCCCGCUCGCUACACGGUGACCCUCGGCGGCACGUCGCUCUCCGUUCAGUACCUCCGCAAGCACGGCUACCUGUCCACGCCGCCGCCGGUCACGGAGUACAUCCAGGACAAGAUGGAGGAGACCAAGGAGAAGCUGUCGGAGAAGAUGGAGGAGACCAAGGAGAGGUUCUCCGAGAAGAUGGAGGAGACCAAGGAGCGCUUCUCUGAGAAAAUGGAAGAGACUAAGGACAAGCUCUCAGAGAAACUGCAGGAAACCAAAGACAGAGUUUCAGACAGGAAAGCCUUUUUCAGGAAGAAGGGCGAUUAGCGGGUGAUCAGCGAGGCGACGCCGCAGAGGAACAGAUGGUGUUUGUGUUCGCGGCGAGAAGAGAGACGGUUGCACUUUCCCUGACAUUUCGUCUGUCACCUGUCGUCUGUUUAGGUGUGUCACUCGGCCCCUCGCCGUCCUCGCCAUGCACUCGGAGCGUCGCGCUCACGGCAGCCCGGCAGACUGCCGGCUGCUCCGUGUCCUGGAUCUCCACAGGAUUUAGAGAGGGCGGGGCUGCGGCGGUGUGGCUGUUAGAGAAAUAAAACUUGAAGCUCCUGGGUCCCUGUGUUCUCGUCCACUCGUCCGUCACAGCCUUCGCCAAGGCUCCCGGUGUCGCCUCGUGUUCUUUCUAAUGGAGUCCGGCAGAAAUCAAGUCUUUCUAAUGUAUUUUUAAAUGAUAGCCAAAGCUCCCCGCUCCGCUGCGCUGCCGUUGGUGGGGUGAGGCGGGGUGAGGUGGGGUGAGGCGGGGUGAGGCGGGGUGAGCAGCGCCGACGGGUGAAAUGCUCCUGCAGUUCCUGUCACAUGUCUGGUUAAACCACAGCUUAAUAAAGU